AUGUUGCCAGAAAUAAACAACAAGACGUCACGACCGGAGGCUUUCCCUCACCCCCACAGACUCCCAGCAGAGGGAAACCGGCUCGGAACAAACCGUUCCUGCUCACAGAAGUUUGGCCCGGGUGUAGGGACGUUGCCCCAGCUCGAGCCCCCCGUGGUCCAGGUGGUGGUCAGCAACGCCAAAAACCAGCACCAGCAGUCAGACAACAUCCUGCCCCAAAUCGCCAACAAGGGGGGUCAGAACAACUUCCAGACGCACACAGACGAGAGGCCGAAGCCCGCCCAGCAGUUCAGCAUGCGGUUCGGUGGAGUGACGGAUAAAGUGUCCGUCUCUCGCAACAGCAAGAUGUCCAGCAACAAGCAGGAGAAGGAGAAGUCAUAUGAGGGACAGAGACUACCCAUGUCACCCACAGAGGCACUGAAGAACUUCCAGGAGCGGCUGACGGCGUUUGAGCAGGAGGAAAUCGCAGACUACAGCGAGCUCUGGUUCCUGGGUCUGGCCUCUCAGAAGAUCGAGGGUUCACAAGGAGCGCCGCAAAACUCCGGAUACGAUGACGAGCACGGAAGCUACAUCAGGGUGCUGCACGACCACAUCGCCUACAGGUUUGAGGUUCUCGAGGUGAUUGGGAAAGGCUCCUUCGGGCAGGUCCUGAAAUGUCUGGACCACAAAACAAAUGAACUCGUAGCCAUCAAGAUGAUUCGCAACAAGAAACGGUUUCACCACCAGGCUCUGGUGGAGCUGAAGAUCCUGGAUGUGAUCAAGCGGAAAGACAAGGACAACCUCCACAACGUCAUCCACAUGAAGGAGUACUUUUACUUCCGAAACCACCUCUGCAUCUCCUUUGAGCUCCUCGGGGUGAACUUGUAUGAGCUCAUCAAAAAAAACAACUUCCAGGGCUUCAGUCUCGCCCUCAUCCGGCGCUUCGCCCACGCGCUGCUCAGGUGCCUGCAGAUGCUGCACAGGGAGAAGAUCAUCCACUGUGACCUCAAACCGGAGAACAUUCUUCUUUCUCAGAGAGGACCAGGGAACAUCAAGGUCGUGGACUUUGGCUCAAGCUGUUAUGAGCAACAGAGAGUCUACACCUACAUCCAGAGCCGCUUCUACCGCUCCCCGGAGGUGAUCCUGGGUCACCCGUACAGCAUGGCCAUUGACAUGUGGAGUCUGGGCUGCAUCCUCGCGGAGCUCUACACCGGCUAUCCUCUCUUUCCUGGAGAGAGCGAAGUGGAGCAGAUAGCUUGCAUAAUGGAGGUUCUCGGGAUGCCUCCAAAUGAUUUUGUUCAGUCGGCGUCGAGGAGGAGGUUGUUCUUUGAUUCCAAAGGAAACCCGAGGAACAUCACCAACAGCAAGGGGAAGAAGCGGAGGCCGAACUCCAAGGAGCUGUCAGCUACUUUGAAAACCAAUGAUGCUUUGUUCCUGGACUUCAUCAAAUGCUGCCUCACUUGGGAUCCGACCAAGCGACUGAGUCCUGACGAGGGUUUGCAGCACGAGUGGAUCCUGGAGGGGAACUUCAACCGAGUGCGGCCAAGAACCAGGCCGGUGGUGAAGAAGACCUCAGACAGUUCCACCAGCACCGACAGACUCACUAACAGCAGGCCUGCAGAGAGGGUCGUUUCAGAGAGCAGCACUAACGACAAGCUGAAGAGAGACGGCUCGGGAACUGGAGCAAAGACGGCGCCUGCCGAGCGGCUGCGGCCCAUCGGGGCCUCGGCGGAGGAGGAGGUGUGCGAAGGCGACGGGAAACUCUCCACGGACGCCAACCAGCAAGGAGGUGGUGAAAGGCCCGUUCACAUCUUCAUCAAACCUCAGGAGGAAGUGGGCACCGAGAGGAAAGACAGCCAGGAGCCAUCUCAGUGUUUGCCACCUAUCAUGUAACAGUCUGAGGGGAAAUGUGCUGCGUUCAUGACAAGUGGGAAGUGGGAGAAGUGCAAAUGUCCCCUGAGUGAGGCAGUGGCAGUGAACGGACAGCUGAGAGCUUGGUUGACCCUGCACACACUGAGAAUGUUAAAGAUCCUCCAUGUUGCUGCUGCAUCUACAUGAAGUCGAAAAGCAAUGCGUGACAGAAAUCAGAUUUCCUGAGUUUCAGGAGGAAAAAGCUGCUCGAACCCAAGUUUCCUGCCAUGAACAAAACCCAGACGUGUGGUGGCAGAGAUCUUCUUUUUAUUGCAGUCUUAGUGGAUUAUUUCGAUUCUGUGAAACUUUGAGUUUGUGUGACUGUGAUGUCAAUCUACCAUUUUUAUUUUUUAUAUAAGGGAGGGAAGAUGUCGAUGGAAUGUGUGACAGUGGAGUCGUCCGUGCUGAGUUCAGGUCGAAUGGUUCAAUAUCUUCAUCGUUGUCUCCGCUGUCCCUGUGUUAUUUAUUGAACCCAAUCUUUGCUGUGCAUUGACAUCUCAUUUUUCUAGCGCUCGUACCUCCAACAGUCAAUUCAAUCAAGCUGCACCAGACCUCACACACUAACAGAUAUCAGUCUCUUAAUUAUGCCGGAUUUUAGUUAUCCAGAGCCCCGAAUUAUUCCCUGGGAAAUGGGUGAAAAUGCUAAAAAAAACAUCAAAUGCAAUUCAACAGUAAUAUUCUUGGAUCACAUCCUUCCUCCAAGUUUACAUCGAAAUCCACCCGGUGGUUUGAACCCUGCUGACAAACAAACAAAUCUGUUUUUGCUUUUUGCUUUUUGCAUUUAAACAAUUUCGCUUCACUUACUAACUAACACUUUUGUGAGGGUAAAAGAUUUGAAGGAUUUUUGUGCAAUAAAGGCUGAGCCAAAAAAAAAUUGUUCUUUUUUAAAAUCAU